AUGGCUCGGACGAUGAAGAGGCCAUGUAGCACACUCACACAGGACGUGAUUGUCAUCUCAAACGCUGGCGUCCCUGCGGCCUCAUCACAAUUUGCCAUAGUAUUCAAGACUCCAAAGUACCGAGACCAGAACCUCCAGAAGCCCACGUCUGUGUUCGUCCAGCUGAAGAGGAAGUCUGACAACGAGACCAGCGAGCCCAAACCCUUCACCUACCACCCCCAGAUCAUAGAUAAGGAGGAGGUGCAGAGGAAGAGACAGAAGACUUUACCAAACUUCAAUGACUUCAGCGGUCACGGCGGAGGAGGAGGAGGUGGAGGAGGAGGAGGAGGAGGAGGGAGUCUGUACCGAGGAGGAGGAGGUCCGGCUGCAGGAGGAGGACCCGGCUCUGCGGGAGGAGGGGGAGGAGUUUACUUCCAGGGCUUCACCACCUACAACUACGGCGGCGGAGGAGGAGGAGGAGGAGGAGGAGGAGCAGGAGGAGGUUUCCCCACGGGAUACUCAGCUGGUCUGGGAGGAGGAGGAGGAGGAGGAGGAGGAGGAGGAGGAGGAGGAGGAGGAGGCGACAAACAUGCCACCGAGGGGGACGCAGCAGACGACGACAGUGACGACAGCGAUCCAGACGACGACUCGGGUUCAGGGAACGGACUGAGACUUUCAGACUUUUCCAGAGGCCUGGAGGUCGAGGAGAGGACCGAGGAGGGAGGGGUCAGCGUGGAGCCGGAGCCAGACAGAGCUGCAGAUGAGCGGUUGUUUCAGGAGACCAGCAGACAGCUGGAGGCUCUCUUUAAGUACUCAGUCACAGGAGAUUCAGCGUACCUGCUGGCGACACAGCGCCCCCUCAUGGACGCGCAGGACGAGGACGGAGACACUGGGAUUCACCUGGCGGUCCUCCACAGCCAGCAGGAGGCGCUGAAGAGUCUGACGCAGGUGGUCUCUGCUCUGCCGGGAGAAGAGGUGCUCAACAUGAGGAACCGUCUGUACCAGACUCCCCUUCACCUGGCUGUGAUCACGCAGCAGCGGGAGGCGGUGGAAGCGCUGCUAUUGGCCGGGGCUGACCCGACUCUGACGGAUCGUCAUGGCAACACGGUGCUCCACCUGGCGUCCCAGCUGGAGUCAGGAGGAGGAGGGAUGGUCCGGGUUUUACUCCGACACGGAGAGCUGAGAGGGCUGCUGGAGCACACCAACACAGCAGGUCUGUGUGCCGUACACCUGGCCGUCCUGUCCAAUCAGCUGUCCUCUCUCAGGGAGCUGCUGGGGGGCGGGGCUAACGUGGAGGUUCAGGAGCGCAGCUGUGGACGGACCGCCCUACACCUCGCCACCGAGGCCGACAACGUGUCCCUGGCCGGCUGUCUGCUGCUGGAGGGUAAUGCCAAGGUGGACUGCUGCACCUUUAACGGCUCCACCCCUCUCCACAUCGCGGCAGGGCGGAGCUCUGUCAAGCUCACCGCUCUCCUGAUGGCUGCAGGCGCAGACCCUCACAGGGAGAACUUUGAGCCGCUGUUCUUCAGGGAGGAUGACGGCUGUGACGGGGAGAGAGAGGAGGAGGAAGAUGAAGGCUACAUCCCGGGAACCACUCCACUCAACAUGACCGCUAACACUCGGGUGUUGGAGCUUCUGAAUGGUAAAGAGUACAAACCAAACCCUCCUCAGAGAGACCUCCUCCCUCCUCAAGGCGACCUGUCGAGCCUGGAUGCGGAGGUGAAGCAGCAGGUGUGUCGCUCUCUGGAGAGUGAAGGAUGCUGGGAGAGUCUGGCUCACAGUCUGGGUCUGGGGAUCCUGAACACGGCCUUCAGGCUGAGCCCGUCUCCGGCUAAAACACUGCUGGAUAGCUACGAGGUCUCAGGCGGGACAAUCCGGGACCUGCUCGCCGGUCUGAGGUCGAUCGGGGAGAGCAAAGCGCUGAGCAUCCUGCAGGGGGCGCUGGGUCACCACGAGGACCAGAAGACGCACGAGUCUCUGAGUGCCCGGGUGCAGGACCUGAAGGUGGACGUCCGGAUCGACAGCGGGGUGUGUGACAGCGGGGUGGAGCUCUCCACGGCGUGAUGACAUCAUCGACCGUCUCCCGCUGGGUUCAUCAGAGGAAGCAGAAUCAUUCAUCCGCCGAUCGUCCAAAAACUGAUUCAUCGUCACCCCUUCAUCUCCAUCCGUCAACGUCUCCGGGCUGAGCCUCCUCCUCUUCCUCCUCCUCCUCUUCCUCCUCCUCUUCCUCUUCUUCCUCCUCUUCCUCUUCCUCUUCGUUUUUAUCUUAUGUGUUGAUGUUUUUCAUAUUUUUAAACCCGAUGUUGCAGAAAAAGGAACGUGUUGUGUGAAAACUAAACAGAGUCAGUUCACGUAAACAAAGAGAGAUCCUUGUUUGUUAGAGAGUAAAGCUAAGUGUUCAUGUUGAUGUGUUUCAGCCCACACUACACUCCAACAGCUCAACCAAAGAACACACGUCUGGUUUCUGUCUCUCACUCAGGACCAUCACAUUAUUCUGAAGCAACGUUAUGAAACUGAAGCUGUUUCUCACUUUACCAAAGGUGCUUUUCCACCGCAGGAACUUUCCCCAGGAACUAGAGACUUUCUGAGGGACUACCUGCUUUUUGACCCCAGGAAACAGGGUAUAACUUUAGUCCCUGGGUAGUAAAUCUCCCCCUGAAAGACCAGGGACUUUUGUGUUUUCACGGCAGGAACCAGGGUCUAAAUUAAAGGCCCAUUUUAACCCCACAGUGUUUUCAACAUUCUGAACAUCGCUGUGCUUGUCAAUGUCACUUCUCUAUUUCUGACCAAUCAAAUUCAAGAAGGGGUGGGACUUCUGGUAAUAACUUUUUGACCACAGGAACUAGUGACUAUGUGCUUUUUGACCCCAGGAACCAGGGUCUAUUCCCCUUCCCCCCCCUGAAAGACCAGGAACCUUUGUGUUUCCACUGCAGGAACCAGGGACAAAUCAUAGGACCAUUUUAACCCCACAGAAAGUCCCUGUUCUGGGAUUUUACUGCAGUACAUUUUAAAAACCUGCAGCCAAAGUGUUUUACUUCACAUUAAUAUCACAUUCAUACAUGAAGUGAGGAUAGAUACCAGGAACUUUAAGGCAAUUUUUGCUGAGGUGAAAAAUGGAGGUUGUAAAGCCUGUGGCCGGCAGACCGAGGGCCUGUGUCCAUUGUCUCUACGAAACCAGCACAGUUCAGUGUUUUCAACUUCUGGAGCAACGCUGUGCUCGUCAAUGUCACUUCUCUAUCACUGACCAAUCAAAAUCAAGAAAGGGCGGGACUUCUGGUGUCAACUUUAGGUGUUUUAGGAACUUCCCCCAGGAACUAGGAUCCUUUUGAGGAACUAUGCGUGUUUUGACAGCAGGAACAAGGGUCUAACUUUAGUUCCUGGUUAGUUAAUCUCCUCCGGAAAAGUCCCAGGUUAAGGGGUAGUACUUCCAAAAGGUCCAGGAACUUUAGGGGGCGGGGCCUGCAGUGCUGGACGUUUCUGAUUGGUAGAUUACCUGCAGUGUUUUUAUUUCACAAUAACAUCACACACA